UGUCUCUAAAACUGAACAAAAAAAACGUAUAUUUAUACUUUUAUUCUGUGAUUCAUCAUAAAGUCUAACAAGAUGAAUUUUUUAGUUUUAAUCUUGUGUUUUUCUUGCUCGUGUUUAUUCGUAGCAAAAUGUCAAUUUAAGGACGAAACGAGCAUCAAAAUUGGGUUCGUUUUUGAAGAAUCGGAUCUGGAUUCGGUUGAAUUAGAAAGUGCUCUGGAAGUUCUCAGAACUCAAAUAGGGGAUUUCGACUUCGUUUUGAAGAGUUAUUUUUCACGGGAUAGUUACACAAUUUUGCAGCAAACAUGCCGAGCGUUGCGCGAGGGUGCGGCUUUCAUAAUCGCCCAAGCUAGUUGCUCGUCAACUAACGUUAUUCAAACUUUAACCCACUCAUUGCAAGUUCCAGCUUUAUUUUUACCCAAAUUUUCAUCUUGCUCUAAAAUUCCAGAAGUUAGCUCAACAUCAUUCCCUAUGCGAGUUAGCAACUCACUUGUUUACAAUCGACUUGGGAGUAUUUUGGCCAAAAAUGACUGGAACAAUUACCUGAUAAUGCAUGAUGAAUACUUCGCUGAAAGUUACAUAACCGAAUUGAACAACGAACUGAAAAAAUCUGUGGACGAAACAAAACGCGGCAUGGUCGCGAGUCACGUGAUCAAAUUGUACGACAUCGAAACGACAAAAGACAUGCAGAGUACGCUGAUAGAUUUGAACACAAAUGGGCUGUUUAGCAAUUUCAUCGUCCUUGCAUCGCAGAAAAAUACUCUCAGGCUGCUGAAGCAAGCCCAAAAUUUAGGACUUUUCGGGUUGAGUUACAAAUGGGUUUUGGCUAACAUUGAUUUGGACCUAACACAGUUUCAUUUUAUAAGCCCUCAAUUCAAUGCUUUGAUGAUAAUUCGACAGCUACCUUUGUCGGCUUUUGAUCGAAGUUCGGGUUUCGUUGAGCCAAAAUGGGACGGAACUAGUUCGCUCGGAAUUUCACGAAACAUGAGUUACAUCCUAAACGCUGCGCAGCUUGCGAUUGAAGCCUUGAAUUCAACUUACAGUUCUGAGAAGACAAAUUACGGUCAAGUUAAGAAUCUAAACUGUAUGAAAGAUUCUCAAUUUAACGACGGACCAAAAAUAAUCGAUCGCGUUAAGCGAACUAAGAAACUCGAAGACGGAAGUUAUGAUUACUUUGGAGUAGCUAACGAUUAUCUCGGUGUCUCUUAUUUCAAAAAGUCGCAAAUUUUUGAUGGAAACGACAAAAAUUUUGAUUCGAUACGAGAUGAAAGUCGGUUUGAAGUUUUCCCGCACCUCGAAAUGUUGCGCUACGACACGAGAAGUGACAUGUUUCUCGCGGGGUGGAAACGAGUCGACACUUACAAUGCCUACACGUUCAAUCCAACGUGGCACUUACCCGAGAACGUGUCGCCCUUUCGAGUCGGAAAAACUUCCCUAGAUGGAAGCACUCUUAAGAUCACGACGGUGGUGGAGGAGCCCUUUAUCAUUAAGAAGAAGAACACGAUUGGCAAUGUGGUGUAUGAUGGCUACUGCAUAGAUGUGCUCAAGGCCAUCCAAGCUCAAGUAGCCACAGAGUUCAACGAGAUGUUCGACUACGACAUCCAAGAGGCAGACGGAUACGGAGUGAUUGACGGGGAGACGGGGGAGUGGAACGGAAUGGUGGCUCAUAUUCUGUCGGGUAAGGCGGACAUAGCAGUGGCGGGCAUGACCCGCAACUUCGACAGAGAGAAGGUCAUAGAUUACACAGCCGCAUACAUGGACUACGGAGUGGGCAUACUCAUCAGAAAGCCUCAGCCAGAGAUCAACAUUUAUGGUUUCAUGGCACCCCUGAGCAAACGUCUUUGGUGCAUCAUCGGACUCUGUGCCUUCGCAGCUAGUGUUCUUCUAUACCUCUUAACUAAAGCCUCCCCCUACGAACGCAUCUUGAAUCCAGGAGUCUACACUUACCCCAACAGCGCGUGGUGGAUUGUCGGUGCUUUGAUGUUACAGGGUGGCGAUUACAACCCCAAAUCUCUCUCAAACCGAUGCCUAUGUACAGUUGUUUGGAUGUUUUCC